GUCCAUUUCAUUUUGCGCGUUUGCUGUUCGUUCAAUAAAUUUCAAUUCUAGCUUGACUUUUGGCGCAUUGGACGCUCAAGCUGUGGCUAUGGAAGAGAGCUUUUAAUAUCAAAACCGACUCCAACAGCAUCAAACAGCCCUGAAAAAUACGGGAGUACUUACCAAACUUGGGAGAAUUUUUUUUUUAGGUCAACUGCUCAGACGGUUGACAAGCAGAUGCAGCGAGUCAACGCCUGGACAUAUUAAGGUUAGGAACGCCUUAAAACGCGCGUCUCCACAGCAAAAUCCCCUAAACGUACAUAUUAUACUGCGCCUAUAGUACGUUAUCUAGCGAUUUUACAAGAACGCGUGAGCCUUUGGGAAACCCGAGAAAUUUGUCGCCAUCUGCCAUCUUCUUAAUGCCAGUCAUCGAGCUACUCCGUCAUGGAAACACAUUCACAAUCAGCGUCAGCACCGAAUGAGCCCGGCCCUGAGCCGAGGUCCGGUCCGAGUCCAACGCCUGCACGGCUUCCAUCGCCGGUUCAACCUCCGGUGGAUCUUUCGACGCACUACCCAAAUGGCCUUCCUAGGAGUAUUAAUGGUCUCAAGGGAAAUGGAGUCAACGGAUCUAGGCCGGGAUCACCGUCCAUAGGGUCGCCAAGUGCAACAACAUCCGUCCAACCAUCUGCGCCGUCUCAGACAACAGGUUCUACCGCAUCAGUAUCGACGCACUCACCAGCAUCCACACUUCCCCCUAUAGCGGCAGCACCACCAAAGCCACCAACGAUCCCAAUACCUAUGCCGUCGAUGUCACAACCUGCGCCGCCGCCGGUUCUUCUGCGGCAGCCUACGCGCUUCAGAGCCUCCGGAAAUUCAAAUCAUAAGGUCUCCAUCGUGGACCCGCCUGGAGCAUAUUCACGAUCGAAAAGCAGCCCCCAAUCGCACCCCACCUCACAAGGAUUUCCUUCCCCUAAAAGGGAGCAUCACCUAGAGAACCCCAAGUUCCUUGAUGAUCUAUCGCGACUUACGCACGCUAUGCAGCAAUCUGUAUCUUCAGCUGUUAGGAGAGCUAUCCGCGAUAAUUGGCAGAAGUGCUUACUAGGCUCGGAAUUUCAUCAUGCAUUUCUUUUGAAUGCUGUUAUUCAUCAUUCAAAUGGGGUUAUAAUCCGAAGGUCUAUCAAGGAUUUCGGUGCCCAGAUGGUGGCCGAGUCGAAACAUGAGAUUAUCUCACAUCUCACCACACCAGAUCUAGAUGAAUUAGCCGAUGAGAUAUUAGAAAAGGCCAGCGACUAUUUCCUUGAUUGCGCAUUGGAAAGGCGACUGAAAACAAUUGAUGCCCGCUCUCUGAUUAACGCUCUCGCCAGGGCUGAGCGUCUUGGUUACGAGAACAGUGAUAUUAUCGAAGAUCAUAAGAAAGACGAGUCUAACUUCAACCCGACCCCAGCGCUCUUCGAUCCGUCACCUCAUCCGGUUGUUGACCCAGCCCCAAGAUUGCAACAUAGACCAAGCAUGCCGUCGGUACAGCAAGGACGUGGACUUGCUCCUCCUAUCUUGCAAUGUCCAUUGUGUUGGCGCAAAUUCGAUAGUACGCAACCUUAUGAAUAUCACGUCCAGAAACAAGUAUGCACUAAGCAACCGCCAAAUAAGGAUGGGUUCCCACUUGCAUGCAAGCAUUGUGGUGCUGGCUUUUUAACUAAAGUUGGCCAGCAAUAUCAUAUCGCCAACCAUGUAUGUGGAGAGCAUGGUACAAUGCCAGCAACUCCCAAAGGCUCCACACAUACCGGAUCACCUAUCACGCUUUCGUCAGGCAAUAACAGCCCUAUUCAUCCUUCACCUUUACCCCCACCCCGAACCCUAAUCGAAGUUCCUCUUCCUUCUCAGCCUCUUGCAACACCGGUAAAGUCCAGGGGAGCUGCGGCAGAAUCACCGGGAUCCUUAGCUAAGGAACACAGUCCCUACGCCCAUCUCACUCCAGCCACAUUAGCACGAUUGAACGAAGAACUCCGGCAGGCUGAAAUCACGUACACUGCUCGCUUUAAAGAAGCAGAGGAAAUUCAAGAUCCAGCUCAAAGACAGGUCAAGCUUGAAGGUCUUCAGAAUAGUUUUAGUACUAAGCAGAGUAUCAUCCGGAAGAAAUAUGGAGUUCGUCUCAGGAACCGACGCACGAAGGCAGAGAUUGAUAAUGAACGGCAACGUAUGGGUUGGAAGCAUAACAGUCCGAGCCAGGCAGAGGAUACACCGAGCGCCAAACGUCGACGAACUGACGACGGACCCGCCCAUCUUAGCCCGCAAGCUUCUAACAACGCCCUCGCCAAUCCUGCCACUAUUGCUCCUACUAACGGUAACCCCGAGCAUAAAGUCGAUCAUUUAGCUGUCUCGGACAUAAACGCAGGCUUAGGCGGAUCAAGCGCAACUGCAGCUACAGAUGAUCCCACAUCAACCAAACGUGCUUCCGCUUCCCCACAAUCGCAAGCUUCGCGCGCUCAGGAGCUCGCCCAGAACAGCCUUUCGACGCUUCAGAAGAAGGGCUAUCGCGUCUCGUCCCAUGUGCCUCUUUCGAACCAGGCCUCUCCGACGGAUACGACAAUGGAAGAAUCGACUCCUCAACGAAGCAACGAAGCUUCGGAACCUAUCGUCGUGAAAGACGAUGAGAAUUCUUCGGAUUCCGACUCCGAUGAAGAUAUUCCAGCGAGUAUACCGCCAGCCCGCAAAGCUAGCCAUACGCCGUCCAAGGGAUUUGCGGGAUAGAAUCAGCAAAACCCUAGAUCUAAGUGAUUCUGACUAGCGAUGCGGGCGUCAGUAUGCGGAUGCGUGCUUACACUUAUACCGGCACUUGCCCUUCUAACCUUUAGCUUCAUGAUGAAGCUCCAAGGUCCCUUUUUUAGUGUAUGAAUAUGAUUCACUGCAUUCGCAUUCACUUCCGCAUUGCGCCGCAUUGCAUUACUACCAUUUGGAGUUGCCAACCUUUUCUCUUUUCUUUUUUUUUUUUUUCAGGGGAUUGAAUUAUUUCAACGUGCCGACGAGUUUUAAUCCAUGACGAUUAUCAGGCAGGGGCGGUAUUAAAACAAGGGGGGAUCAAAAUCCGGCGUCUAGAGCACUGCGUCUCUAGAAACCAUGUAUUAUCGGCUACCCGUAGACGUAUUUAAGGAGUCAGUUGGGUUGAGCGAGGUCUACGGACUCGCGAAAGGGGGGUGGUGUUAAUGGUACCAAUUUUAAGAAAAAAAGAACAUUAAAUACAUGCAGUUUUUGCCUGCGAGUAAAUUGGGCUCGGUCGAAUUGAUACCUAAUAAAAAACACAUGUUUAAUUCCA